CGGCCGGAGGAAGAUGGCGGUGUGGGCGAGGUGAGGUGUAGGCAGUAGAAAGGGGUUCAAGCGUGGGGAACAGGGGGACACAGAGCGAUGGCUCGCGGCGGCCGCAGGGGUAGAUAAAAAGGCAUCGCGCCGCGGGUGUGGGAGGGAGGGAGGGUAGGACAGCCUGGCGCCACGAGAGUAUGACGGGGCUGUAUGAGCUGGUGUGGCGGGUGCUGCACGCUUUGCUCUGCCUGCACCGCACGCUCACCUACUGGCUCCGCGUUCGGUUCGGCACCUGGAACUGGCUCUGGCGGCGCUGCUGCCGCGCCGCCUCCGCCGCGGUCCUAGCGCCGCUCGUCUUCACGCUCCGCAAGCCCCCGGCUGUAGGCAGGAACCGCCGUCAGCACCGGCACCCGCGAGGGGGGCCGGGCCUGGGCGCCCCCCAUCCCCAGCUGCGCUGGCGGGCGGACGGCCGUUCCCUGAAGAAGCUCCCGGUGCACAUGGGCCUGGUGAUCACCGAGGAAGAGCAGGAGACUAGCUUCUCGGACAUCGCAAGCCUCGUGGUGUGGUGCAUGGCUGUGGGCAUCUCCUACAUUAGCGUCUACGACCACCAAGGUAUUUUCAAAAGAAAUAACUCCAGGUUGAUGGAUGAAAUUUUAAAACAACAGCAGGAACUUCUGGGCUUAGAUUGUUCGAAGUACUCAACAGAGUUUGCAAAUAGUAAUGACAAAGAUGAUCAAGUUUUAAAUUGCCAAUCAGCAGUGAAGGUCCUGUCCCCAGAAGAUGGCAAAGCGGAUAUUGUGCGAGCUGCUCAGGAAUUUUGCCAGUUAGUAGCCCAGCAGCAACAGAAAUCCACGGAUUUAGAUGUACAUAUGUUAGACAGUUUACUUAGUGCAAGUGGUUUUCCUGAUCCUGAUGUAGUAUUGAAGUUUGGGCCUGUGGAGAGCACAUUAGGCUUUCUUCCCUGGCACAUCAGAUUGACUGAGAUUAUUUCUUUGCCUUCCCACCUAAACAUCAGAUAUGAGGACUUUUUCUCAGCACUUCGUCAGUAUGCAGCGUGUGAGCAGCGUCUGGGAAAGUAGUGAUCGCUGGUCGCAUGGCACGACUUCAGGCUUUGGAGAAAAGGACCCAAGUGACUCUGAUGUUUACAAAGCACCUAUGAAACCCUGUACACACCUAGUUCAUAAUCCUCAUAAUUUAUCAACAAACACAAAAAAGUGUCUUACUUGAGAGUAAGUGUGUGUGUGUGUGUGAGUGUGUGUGUGUGUGCGUGCAUGUGUGUGUGUGGAAAUAAACUUACAAAUGGGAAGCAGUGGAGAAGGGAGUACACGGACUUGUACCUUCAAGCAAAUAGCAGUGAUGUUAUAGGAGCUGAAAUUUCAGCUUUAAAGGCUUCAGCCCACCUACUUCCCUGUUUUUCUAGGGAGAGGAGUGGGUGUUUAGAGCUGUUAGAUUACUAUUUGGGGGGGAGGGGAAUCAUUUUUUUUUUUCAGUACUUCCUGGUGACCAAACUUUAAUUUUUAAGAAUAAUAUAUUGACUUAUUAAAUGGAAGCUUUCUAAGUUUGAGGGAUUUCUGGAGGGAUGGAGUUCUGCAUUGUUCAUGUUAAAAACUUGCUCACCGUUGGAGCGGAGGGAACACCCGUUUUCAGAUAUCCGUCCAUUUUCAUCUCAUCAUUGUCAAACUGUGUGACUCGAGAGUGUAAGUGUUAUGGAGUUCAAAUAAGGUGAAGAAGUUAUAAUCUUAAAAGUAAAGGUGGAAAGUUUCGUAAAAAAAGAAGGAAGGUUUGGAUUUUCUUUUUUGUUUGGUGGGCACUGUGCUAACAUACAAAGUUGGUUAAAAAUGUUGCCAUUAGCUAUGUUUAUUUAAAAUAAAUAUUUGAGGGAAGUUACAAGGCAGCUCGUUUCCUCAAGUGACCUGUUCCUCUCUGGUGUAGCACGUUUAGGACCACGGCAGCACCCAGGACUUGUACUCAGUAAAUCCUGACAGCGACUGUGCAUAACAGAUCUCUGAGUAAGACUGAAGCUUGUGUAGGUAGUAAAACAUCACCAAAGUCUACAAAAGGAAAUUAAUUUUACGUGUUCUCUUUCAUGACAGAGAACAGCACUGGUUCUGUUAUUUUUUUAAAUGAAUAAUUUUUUGAUAGAUGUUUCAUAUUUCUUUCCUCACUGAUAAUCCUUGGACAGAAACCAUUCUUUAUAUUUGGACUGUUUUCAGAAAAAUCUUAUCUACAAAUGUAUAAUAGUUAUCUAAAAUUGUACAUUUAGAAUGGGGAAGUUUAAAUAGCAGGUCUCAGAAGUCUGAAAAAUAGAAGAGAGGACUAGAUUUGUAAAGCGAGGUCUGGAAUCGCUUGUCAGAUUCUGAAGACAUGAAGAAUAAAUGUUUCAAUUUUAGAUUACAAAACCCCAUUUAUGAUUUUAAAAAUAUACUUGAAAUAAAAUGAUUAAAUUUUGGUUUAGUGACAUUACUUUGCACUUCAUAGUUCUUGGUGUAUUGUAAGACUUUUAUUUUUUAAAGUCAGCUUAUUGCUAAAAGUUUUGUGUGAAGCUACAGCACAUCUCUAAGCUUUACCAGGAAUUUUUUAUUUCUGUUCCCCUGUACUGUGGUCCAUAUUCUGUUGAGGCUUGUUUUUUGGGCCUUAGUUUAAGACUGAAUUUAUGCCUUUUAUAAAUAUGUGUCUUUUUUAAACAUUCUGGAAUAUGUAUAGCUUUAAUGAAUUACAUUGAAUGGGCCCAACUGAAGUGAUUUAAUAUUUGUAAAAUGAAUUAGUAAAAUAAAUUACCCACUGGAAUAUAGCCAAAGUCGCUAAA